AAGCACUUCCGGUUCGGAGGCGCGCGACCUGCGUAGCUACUUCCGGGUUCCCAAUUCGUUCGCUCCUUUCGCCACGCCGCACAGACACCGGCUGCCGCCGUCUACUACAUCCGGGCCCCUCGCACUGCUGCUGCCGCCGCCGCCGCCGGGUGCUGAGACCCCCUCCCCGCUCCACCGGGGAGAUGCUGCUGCGGGGCUUGCUGGGCCCUGGUGCCGCGGCCUGGUCCGCGAUCUCGGGGUUGCGAGGGCUGGUGCUGCUGCUGUGCCUGGCGGGCGCCGUGCGGGCCUCCGAGAUCACGUUCGAGCUGCCCGACAACGCCAAGCAGUGCUUCUACGAGGAGAUCGCGCAGGGCACCAAGUGCACCCUGGAGUUCCAGGUGAUCACUGGAGGGCAUUAUGAUGUUGAUUGUCGGCUGGAAGAUCCUGAUGGCAUUGUGUUGUACAAAGAGAUGAAAAAACAGUAUGAUAGCUUUACCUUCACUGCAUCUAGGAAUGGAACAUACAAAUUCUGCUUCAGCAAUGAAUUUUCUACUUUCACGCACAAAACUGUGUACUUCGACUUCCAGGUUGGAGAAGAUCCACCUCUGUUUCCUAGUGAGAACAGAGUCACUGCACUUACCCAGAUGGAGUCUGCUUGUGUUUCAAUUCAUGAAGCUUUGAAGUCUGUUAUCGAUUAUCAGACUCACUUCCGCUUGAGAGAAGCACAAGGUCGCAGCAGAGCAGAAGAUCUAAACACCAGAGUAGCCUAUUGGUCAAUAGGGGAAGCCAUCAUUCUUCUAGUAGUUAGUAUUGGGCAGGUAUUUCUCCUGAAAAGCUUCUUCUCCGAUAAAAGAACCACCACAACCCGUGUUGGAUCAUAACCAGUAGUGAAAUGAUGCUUCAGAUCCACUGUACACUGUUCAUCUGUAAACUUACUGUUCUCCAAUUAAUUGUAGAUACAAAAGAACUAAAGAUGGGCAACAGUUUUAAUACCGUUUUACCCCUUCCCAUUCAUUAAAAAUUACAAAAAGUAGUCAAAGUGAAAGGGACACCUUUUUAUUUGAAAUAUUUGGAAAAGUUGAGAACUUACUAUUUGAUGUUUGUGUUAAGCAUCCAGCAGUGAUCUGUUUUUCCUUUAUUUGUAUUCACUGAUUAAUCUGUGGUAUGCUUUGAAAAAAACCCAAAUAGUUGAUAUGGAAGACAGUACAUGUGAAAAAUUGAUGAUAUUUUAGCUUUUCAGGCUGAAGGUGUUGGAUUAAAACCAAAAGCAAAUGUGAUGAACUGUAGUCACAAAGCAUUGAACUGCAUUGUUUUGAUUUGCUCUGAAAAAUCCAAUCUUUCUUUGCUGUAAAACUUGCAAGUUAACACUACAUCAUGGCACAAAUACUGUUCUUCUAUAGAAUGGUAAGUCUCCACCUUUCACACUUGUUAAGUUUUAUUUUUAAACAAGUUUGUUUAAAAAAAAAAGACAGACAUUCUUCCUAUAUUAAAAUAUAAUGCAUUUCCUGUUUUACAAUAUUUUUUUUUAUUGAACAAAUUGUAAACUGAGACUACUCAGGAAACCAAUUUUCUAUACUCUAUUAAAAUCAAAAUUUCCAAGGCUUUUUUUUUUUUAUAAAAUGCAAUAAGAUAGGGAGAAUCCUGUAACUUUGUCACUGAAGUUGUGUAGUCUCUGUAGUCAUGUAUGCUGCUGUGGCUCUUCAAAAUUAGGCAACAGAGGUAAACUGGCUUGUUAGGUAGCACAGCACUGACACUGGACAUGGUUGUAUGACAUCUGUGUGAGGCACAUACAAAGCUUUCUAGUAAAUCAUUAUCCAGUCCAAUUUGUUAUUUAUACUGCAUUGUAUCUCCAUGGUUGUGAUGCAUUGAUACAUUGUUGCCUUGUGCAUCUAAUUGCCACUUCUGGUUUGCUAGUGGUCAUGCAAUGUUUCAAAAGUUUCAGGGUAUCUUUUUUGGUAGGUUUGCAGUCUACAUUGUUAUCAUUGCUUGUGUUUGUAAUAGAUGCUGUAUUGUGUACUCUGAAAAGUCUUGUUUUAUUAGAAUGUGGAAGUUGGCAAACGUACAUAAAUUGUUUGAACGAAGGUAUUCAAAAUAAGGUUAAAAGCUAGUACAGACUAGUCGGGAAGGACUAAGGUAAUCUUACCAAUUCUCAAGUGCACAGGAGAAACAACAGCUAAUCUAAAAACACAAGAAAAUGUAGGGUUUUUCACUGAUUUUCCUCUUAAUUCAAAAGAGGUUGUUAACUUAAACUGUUAAGCUAGCGCGCAGUAAAAGGAGUGUAAUUCUGAUUUGUUGCCAGUGUUGAUCAGAUAUUUCCAACUCUGGAGAAACUAAAGUUUGUUUUUAUAUAUAUAUUUA